AAAAAAAGGUUAUGUACAGCAGAACCAAUGAGAAUAGUGGAUAGUGAGUACCCAUUCCAUAAGCUAUGACACUAUUUAAGUAGGAACCCAACGGUCGGCUCUUCACUAAUUCAAAUUUCGCCAUUUUGGUUUUUGAGCUCUCUCUGUUUUUACCGAAUUGGAAGAAAGAGAAGUUUUCUGUUUGGUUUACAGGAAAACAAAAGAAAAGAAAAUAGAAGGAAAGGAAAGGAAAAAAAAAAAUACUGAAGGAAUGGUGAUGGCUAAGUCCAAGAUAUCUUACGAGGAAUCUCGCCGCCAGAGAUUGGAAGAAAAUAAGCAAAGAAUGGAGGCCCUCAAUCUCACCAUGCUUGCUCAAUCACUCCGAAACUCAUCCCCUUCGAAACUCUCCCCUAUGAAAAGCGUGAAGAAACCCCGUACAAUGGAAAAACAGGUAGUAAUGGUGAGGAGAUCCAGUCGUGUGGCAAACAAGCCUAUCCCUGUCUACAAUGAAGUUGUGAUUGAACGUGUGGUGAUACCCAGAAGGAUUUCUAAGCAUAGAGAUUUGUCUAACCGGGUAUAUGCUUCGGAUGAAGCUAGAACAAAUGCCUUAGAAAGAGCAGAGAAACUACUAUCUGAGUUGGAAUCUGAAUAUCCCAUCUUUAUUAAAACAAUGCUCCAAUCCCAUGUCACUGGUGGAUUCUGGCUGGGACUUCCUGUUCAUUUUUGCAGAAAGAACCUUCCUAAGAGAGAUGAAGUGAUGACAUUAAUAGAUGAAGAUGGUGAGGAACAUAAAACAGUGUAUUUGGCCAGGAAAACAGGACUGAGUGGUGGGUGGAAAGGGUUUGCAGUUGCUCAUAAUUUGGUGGAUGGUGAUGCAUUGAUUUUUCAGUUGAUAAGGCCUUCUGCAUUCAAGGUAUUCAUUAUAAGGGUGAAUAGUCAGUAGCGCCGGUUGGUAUCUCCACAAGUUUAACUCAUUUAUCACUUUGUUUAGGUAAUUAUCAUUUCUCACUCUCAAAAAACUCUCAAUUUUGUUCAUGAAUUAAUCUAUGGCAAAGCCUGGUCCUAAAUUAUAACUCAAUUGUACUAACCAAAUACAGCUGCACCACUUAUUAUUUAUCAAUUAUGAAGUUACUCAAACUUAUUGAAGACUUAAAUUUUGAUAUGUGUACUAGCAGGUUAAUUAAGAAAGAAGUGGUGUAAAACCUUAGGAAGCUUUUUGGUUUAUGGAUGAGUAUUCCUCGUUCUAGCUUCGACUUACUUAAUUUGUAAUGAUUAUUGUAAAGCAUUAUGUAAUAGUUUCAUCAUUCUCGAGCUAGAUAUUCAGUAAAGUUGAUGAAAUGUUAAUUACUUAUUUAAAAUAACACAUAUUAGUUACGAGAGCUGCUUA